GCAUUCACUUCCUGGUUUUCUUGUAGAUACGAAUAGGAUAACACUGUCCUCAGCUGACGCCCUGCAUCUUCGGGCGAUACUGUCAUCAAUUGAGGCGUGAAAAUCUGAUCAAUGGCUUUCCGGAAGGCUCUGAAACACACGGCCAUCAUAGGGAGUGGUGCUGUUGCCACUAUUUUUGGCCUAUCUCAGCUGUCGGAAUACCGAAAGACCCAGCAUGAAUGGGCCCGGCUGGCCUCGGUGGCAGCGGAGGGGGACCUUAAGGUGCAGUACCCAGAGGAGCUGCCCUCUCGCCAGGCCCUGCUGUCCGCCCUGCAGGACACGGACGAGUUUGACGUCCUCGUCGUCGGCGGAGGGGCCACAGGCUCUGGGUGUGCCUUAGAGGCCGUCACGCGCGACCUUAAGACGGCCAUGGUGGAAAGGAGCGAUUUCUCCUCAGGCACCAGCAGCAGAAGCACCAAGCUCAUCCAUGGCGGCGUGCGCUACCUCCAGAAGGCCAUCAUGAAGCUGGACUACGAGCAGUAUAUGAUGGUAAAAGAAGCCCUUCACGAGAGAUCCAACCUGCUGCACAUCGCCCCUCAUCUUUCAGCCCCACUACCCAUCAUGCUGCCUGUAUACACAUGGUGGCAGCUGCCAUACUACUGGGCAGGGAUCAAGAUGUAUGACCUGGUGGCCGGGGCCCAGUGUCUGAAGAGCAGCUACGUCCUCAGCAAGACCAAGGCCCUGGAGCUCUUCCCUAUGCUCAAGAAGGACAGGCUGGUGGGAGCUAUCGUUUACUAUGACGGGCAGCACAACGACGCCCGGAUGAACCUGGCCAUCGCCCUCACCGCCACCAGGCACGGUGCCGCCGUGGCCAACUACACCGAGGUGGUGCGGCUGCUGAAGAAGAACGACCCGGAGACGGGCAAGGAGGUGGUGUGCGGUGCACGCUGCAGGGACGUCAUCACAGGGCAAGAAUUUGAUGUCAGAGCCAAAUGUGUCAUUAAUGCCACGGGUCCCUUCACGGACUCUCUGAGGAAGAUGGACGACCAGAAGAAUGAGAACAUCUGCCAGCCCAGUGCUGGGGUCCACAUAGUCAUCCCUGGAUACUACAGUCCGGACAACAUGGGUCUGCUGGACCCCGCCACCAGCGAUGGGCGUGUCAUCUUCUUCCUGCCCUGGGAGAAGAUGACCAUCGCCGGGACGACUGACUCGCCCACCAGCGUGACGGCUCAUCCCAUCCCCACGGAGGAGGACAUCAACUUCAUCCUGACAGAGGUCCGCAACUACCUCAGCCCGGAUGUGGAGGUGCGGAGAGGGGAUGUUUUGGCAGCGUGGAGUGGGAUACGACCCCUGGUCACGGACCCCAACUCCAAAGACACGCAGUCCAUCUGCAGGAACCACAUCGUCAACGUGAGCGACAGCGGCCUGGUCACCAUCGCUGGGGGGAAGUGGACCACAUACCGCUCCAUGGCCGAGGAGACCCUGGACGCAGCAGUGAAAGCCCAUGGUCUCAAGGCCACGCCCAGUAAGACUGUGGGACUGCUGCUGGAAGGGGGCAAGGACUGGACCCCAACCAUGUACAUCCGACUGGUACAGGACUACGGCCUGGAAAAUGAGGUGGCCCAACACCUGGCCGCCACGUACGGGGGACGGGCGUUUGAUGUGGCCAAGAUGGCACACGUCACCGGGAAGAGGUGGCCGAUCGUGGGCAAGAGGCUGGUAUCGGAGUUCCCUUACAUCGAGAGCGAGGUGUUGUAUGCCAUGAAAGAGUACGCCUGCACGGCCAUCGACGUGAUCGCUCGGCGCACGCGACUGGGCUUCCUUAACGUGCAGGCGGCUGACGAGGCUCUUCCACGCAUCGUGGAGAUCAUGGGCAAGGAGCUGGACUGGAGCGAGCAGAGGAGGACGGAGGAGCUGGAGGCAGCGAAGAAGUUCCUCUAUCAUGAGAUGGGCUACAGGUCCCGGUCUGAACAGAUCACCAAAACAUCAGAGAUCACCUUGGACGCACAGGAAGUGGCCAGGUAUCAGAAACGCUUCCACAAAUUUGACAAAGAGUGUAAAGGUUUUAUCACCACCGUGGAUGUCCAGAGAGUCUUAAAGAAUAUCAACGUCCAUAUUGAUGAGAACGCCCUCCACGAAAUACUCAACGAAGUGGACCUCAACAAAAAUGGACAGGUGGAAAUCGACGAGUUCUUACAGCUGAUGAGUGCUGUGAAGAAGGGUCAGGUGUCUGACAGCCGGUUGGCCCUCCUUCUGAAGAGUGCUGAGGAGAGUCUGGACCUGAGGGCCCCUGUGUCUGUGGACCGCAGCGGGGGAGGGGUCUAAGGGAAGAUACUUCUACACAACUGUCAUUGUUACCGUCAUUGACAUGGAAUACAUGUAUUUGUUGUCAAACGGACUGCUUAACACUCUGUGUUCAAGUUAAGAGUAAUCCUGCUUUUUGACACACCAUGAGAUGUUGUUUAACCUUGCAGUUGAUAAUUGGCGGGAACAAGGAAUAUUGUAAUAGGAUGAUCUGAAUUAAGAUAUUGUAAUCAGGGAUGGCCAAAUCAGAUGUGAAGACUAGUAUCUAUUGUGUGAUGGAAUCUAGUCCAACAAAUGGCAGUUGCCAGGGUAAUAUUAGAGGCAGGGUCGGUAAUUUUGUUGAGAUGCACUUUUGGUCAUAUUUGCUGAAAUAAACUUCACAUCCUAAUAGCAACCAAUAAAUAGAAAGGUUUGACAGUCAAAUGAAAUAAAUUCAAUAUCUCUGGGUGUCGCAAGACUGUAAUAAACAGAUAAUUUUGUUUGGACCAAACUUAAUGAUUGGACAGCAUUCGGACUGAAUGCAGUGAUUAGAUGGGCUACUUGUCUGUCUACCAACCUACCUCCCGGCAGUAAUCAAACAGCAUGUUCAAGUGUUUUGGGGGAGUGGCUUUGAAAAGAGGGGGUGGGCUAUUUUGGGUUGAAUCCUUUCAAACUUAAUCCAAAAUUGCUAGGUUAGCAAAAACGUACCUACCCUGCCUUUAAGGACCUUUUUGACAUCGCCUGCAUAUACAGAAUAUUUCUGACCCACUCAGUUUUUCAUGACACUUGAUUGCAAUCACAAUACAAUGAGUGCCUCUGACUCUGCAUUUUGACACACAUACCUAUAUUCGACAUUUUCCUGCACUCCACUUCUAGGCUGUAUUCGAAUGUUUAGCAAUUUUUCUUCUAGCUCUGCUUUGUCGAAUGAACAAAAAACUAUAAGUGAAAAGCUAGAUUCCCAGCAUGCUGCUGAUUGUAUGUCUUUGUCUUGUACCUGAGGAUCCAAGAUUGCUGAUGCAGACUAAGAAAACCUGUAUUAAACUUACCUAAAAGAAAGUCAGAGAUAACAGUACUACCAUGUCUUAUAAUUUUUUUUGCAUUGUUUACAUAGAGCAGAUCAUGUCUAAUUUAACCAGUUUUGCUCAAGCAAGAUCAUUGUUGUGAUUUAAACUGACACUCAACUUGAUUCUGAAGUGUGUUACUGCAUCUUUUUCUAGUUCUGUUUCUGAUGGUUUGUAUCAUAGUACACUGGUUGUGGGAUGUUCCUGUGAAUAUACUGUCCUUACACUGGCCUGUGUUUGCACUCUCUGCCAAACUCCUAUGGUUUACAUAGCAAGGUUUCAAGCUUUAUCAGUACUCUUGUCAAAUCAUGUCAACAUUACUGCUUUUUUACUGCAUUUCAAUCACAUAACUAUAUAUUUAUGUAAGAUAUUUAUUCCUUUUCAUAUGUAUUCAUUAGAAUAAUCUUUGAAUAAUGUAGACAUUUAUUAAAUAUUGGGAAUGUGGCUAAUUGCAAGAUUGUAAUUCAGAAGUUGGUUCAAAAGGGGACCCAUGUUGGUCUACAUUGGUCUCUGUUAUAACUUGUUCACUUUUAAGUUACUACUGUAUUUUUGGUUAUUUACCGUUAUCCAUAGUGAUUUUAUUAAAGUAAUGUACAAAAUGUGCCUUAUUGGUUGUGGAAUGAACUGGAACUAUGUUCACUCUUUUUAAGUAUUGCUAUGUGGAAUUAUAACUAUUAUAACAGAGAUAUUAUAGAGCAUGUCAACAUAAAGAACAUAUAAAUAUAUGAAGGGAAAUAAUUUUUUAUAAUGGGACAUUUUGUAUUGUGUACUCAUAAACGUCAUAGUGUAAUUGUCAUUACGCUUUUUGUAUGUAAAGUCAUAGGAUGGUGCUUCAACCAGAACAAUUUUGGUAAAGUAUGAAACGGUUUUUAACUGUGUAAUCACAGUGAAAUAUUUAAAUCAUGGGUAUAUUUUCAGCUGAUUUAAGCACAAUACCUUGACAGGAAGGACUCUUUUACCUGUCAACUGCAGCUUGUAAGAAUACCUGACAGACAUCUGAACUUAAAUCCAUGUCCCUAUGUUUGAUUGUGUCUUUUUGGAUGAAAUUUCAGCUUCAUCCAAAAUGAAAGAGAUUCGUAUUCCAACACUGUAAAUCGAUCUUGAUAGCUUUUCAGAAAAAAAGCAAUUAUCUAAUUAAAUGUAUCUGGUUGCUUGCAUGCAUUGUUUUGGUGUGGGUGAUUUUUGUGACAUUUUUUUCACCUCACUGACCACCAUUCAUAUUUCUUGGCAAAACAACCUGGCUUUUCUCAAGGGAAUAGUCCUAUGAUGCACUAUUAUGAAACCUGACACAGGAAAUGCUAGCAUGUUUAAACCUUAUAGCCUGAGGUUCUACUAAAUGUUUCAACAAGUUGUGUGUAAUAAACAAAGACUUUUGGUUUGA